AUGGGGCGACGGCCGAAUGCGCUGAUAUUGCAGUAUUUUGAGAGGGGGCCGAAACUACAGGACCAAAGCAAUCGCUAUCCGCACACUUGCAAAGCAUGCGGCGAGCACUUCCCACGCGGCCGACUCGACAGCUUGACAAGCCAUUUAACGAAGAAAUGCCCGGCCAUCUCCGAAUCCGAGCGAGUCAGCGCUCUGCUCGCCCUGUCUGGCAUGAGCCAUGCCUCGCAGCGCUUUCAACAGAACCACCAGGCUCAAGCGCGCGCCGCCCAAGCCAAUGGCUCUCCGGUCGAUUUGCCCAUGAUGCAACGUGAUUGGACCGCGCUUGGCGUUCUUGCUGAGGUUUCGCGACAGAUUGAUCUGAACGAGAAGAACGAUGGCGGUCAACCUGGAGCGGCCGCCCCUUCGGGGGCUCCGCCGCCGGGCGGGCAACCGGCAGAGCGGUUUGAGAUGCAAGACCAGUUCAUUAUUGAGAACCCGCCUUUACAUCAAGACAAUAGCACAGCUUUGCCCCCCAAGGAGACUCAACAAGAAGACGCCGAAGGAUUGCCAACGGCCGAAGAACGCCUCCAAGAAAUCUUGCGCGCCGAAGAUACCCAGUCGGAGGCAAAUAUCACCAUGGCAGCCGCCGCCGCGGCCCGCUUAAACCCAGCGUACCUAGACCCAGAGAUUCUAGGCGAAGAAGCUGCAGCGGCUGCGGAGGCGGCCACCGCUACAACGAACGCCGCAGCGGCUACAGUGGCGGGUGCGACGGGCGAACUCCCGAUAGGGGAUAUGAACGGGACGGAGGAGCCGGCCCAGACCCCGGACACCCCCGCGAUCCAGCCCACAAUCCCGACACCCCCCAUGGUGACACCGAAUGCUCCGCCCCCGCCGCCCUGGGGAGAGAUCACAUAUACCACCGACACGUUUCAGGCGAACCUCAGCAGUCAUAGCCCCAUGCAGGCCACUUCAGCCCCCCUUGGGAAAGGAGUUUUUCGCUUGGAUAGCGGCCCGAACGGCGCUAAAUCGCGCCAUUCACGGGCCCGAUUCAAUGCCACUCGGAGGAAAGAGGUUCAAGAGGUCCGCAAGAUUGGCGCUUGCAUACGAUGUCGAGUGCUCCGGAAAACCUGCUCCCAAGGCUCACCUUGUGACACCUGUACGAAAGUCUUGUCACCUCGAGUGUGGCGUUCCGGCUGUGUCCGGACUAAGUUCUCUGAGCAACUGGAUUUGUACUCCGCUGGCGUGCAGAUCGUGCUUGCUCAAGCCAGAGUCAACUCGAUCAAACAGUCCAUGACUCUUGGCACUCAUGGCGUUCUGAUUGAGGCCUGCCAUUUUCCUGAGUGCGAGCCCCGCCUCCAGCUGCAGGUGUUGCAGUGUGAUCCUGAACGGGAUGCCGAGGGGAAAAUUGUUGAUGCCGCAGUCGUGGAAGACCGGCCAUCGACGUAUCCAGUUGUCAUGCUGGAUAACGACAGCCAAGACGUACCCGGGCGAGUCGAGAUCUAUAUGCGCGAGAUUUUGCCAGACAUGAUCAAGCGAGAGCCUUCGCAUUUCAUGCAGGUCACUCUUCAUACAGCCGUUGAUGUCGCAAACCAGACCAACGACGAGCUGCUCAAGAAGUCACUCGAGCUGUGGGGGCUAGUCGAGAUCUUGGACCGCGAGCGUCAGUGGACCAUCAACGCGAAGACCUGGGGCGAAGACACCCCGGCCAAAUCGAUCAAAGAGGACACCGACGGAGAACUUUUCAACACCAUCUGCCUCCAGCUCGCUGCCGCCACGGAGAGAAAGGCGGCAGCGACCAGCAAGGCUCUCCUUACUGGCAUGCAGCGCGUGCUUCAGGACAGCAAAGUCAAGAUCGACUUCAACAUGUAUUUUGCGGUUAUUAUUUUACUCAACUGUGUUGAGAAGUCUAGCUGGGCUUUCAAGGCCUGGGAGCAGGAGAACCUACGACAUCUUUGGCCGUUGGAGAAAGAACCGGUCAGCUUCGCGCAGCAGGGCUACGUUAUCGCCAAUCUGUUACACAUGCUCUUGGGCAUUCGCAAAGCGCUUCCCCGGACGACACGCCGGGAAAUUGAUGGCAAGCUGGUUACCGAGGAGGAUAAUCCGGCCAUUCGGGAAUAUUUCGAAGCUAUCAGUCUUGACUUUGCCCAAGUCAAAGCUAAACAAGAGCGUCCCGCCUUUUCUCCCACUGAUUCCCGCUCCUUUGAGCUCCUCUUUUGUUCAACUCUCCUGCUCCCCGGCUCGGAGUGA